AUGUUCUCCCCACUCACCUACCAUCCCUUCAAAUUCUUCUACACCACUUGGUUCCUCAUCACCCUGCCAUUUCGUGUUCUGGCCAUUCUGAUCUACUACCUUCCUUCAAUUACCCGCUCGCCCCGAACGUACUCACAAGCAGUGGCCAUCAGGCUUAGAAAAAUCUGGCUCAAAUACGCCACGGCAGUCGAAUACCGCACACCCCAGUCCCUUCAGCCCGGCAAGGACAGGAGGCACUACGUGCUCAUCCACCCAAUCUCAGUUCCUGUGGCCAGAUAUUUCUAUAUCGGUGUUCUUGGAGCCAAUCCGGCCAUCCGCCCUACACUUCUUGCCGGCUUCUGGUAUCCAUCACCCCCUCAAGGUAUGCUCUUGCCACCGGUAGUGCUCCAUUUUAACGGCGCAUUCGUGCUUGGAGGCGCCCGUCCCGACGAUGUAGGCUGGGGUCCCCUCAUGCUGAACAAGCGUAUGAACUUCCCCGUGCUCGUGCCGGAAUACCGACUCUCCAACUCCCGAGAUAGGACCACGCGCUUCCCUGCUGCCCUCCAAAAUGCCCUCACGGCCUACCUUUACCUUUCACUCUCUCUCCGCGCGCGAUACAAUGAUAUUAUACUGUCCGGCGACUCAGCGGGCGGGAACCUAGUGAUUGCGCUUCUGCGCUAUCUUAUUGACAGGCGGAGGGGUAUCGGGUUGAUUGACCUUCCACGACCUCGUUGCGCACUACUCUGGAGUCCGUGGGUCGAUUUAAGCAUGUCAGGAAGCCAAAUCGAUCGCCAUCGAAAUAAAUUUACCGACUAUAUCUUCGGGGGUUACGCAGACUGGGCUGCGCGGUCCUACAUCCCUGAUGGCUGGGACAGCGAGCAUGAAUACUAUCCUUACAUUAGUCCGCUCGGAAAUGAGUUCUCCACGAGAGUGCCCAUCUUUAUUCAGACCGGCACCGCCGAAAUUUUUCACGAUAGUCAUCUCCAGUUUGCGCAGAAAAUGAGGGAAAAGGACUGUGAGGUUCAUCUCAUGCAGAUCCAUAAUGCCCCACACGAUACCUUUCAUGAGGCUGAGGCUAUGGGGUUUCGGGAAGAACAGAAGCGUGUUAUUGACCGGGUGGUGACGUUGGUCGAAGAUUUCCGUGCGAAUUAUACUCUUAAUUAA